CAGAGACAGGGCUUUGAGGAAAGUCAGCGGAGGCCACGGUCUGCGGCAACCUGGGCGUUUCCCGCGUUCCCGGGCGCACUCUCUCUGUUCGCCCUCGUUCCCGAGGCUCGCUCCGGUAGCCGGCGCCUCCUGCUCAGUCCCGAGGAAGCCAUGGCCAAGUCCAGGGGUCGUCCGUACCUUUGGAUGUGCUUGGCUGCAGCGCUGGCAUCUUUCCUGGGUGGAUUUAUGGUGGGCUGGCUUAGUAAGCCUCUCAAAGAAACAGCCACUUCAGGGGACACUCACCAAAAUCUAAGGUGGAAACUGCUGUCUGAGAUGAAAGCUGAAAACAUUAAAUCAUUUCUUCGUUCUUUUACAGAGCUACCUCAUCUGGCAGGAACAGAACAAAAUUUGCUACUGGCCAAGAAAAUCCAAACCCAGUGGCAGAAAUCUGGACUGGAUUCAGCCAAGUUGGUUCAUUAUGAUGUUCUCCUGUCUUACCCUAAUGAGACAAAUGUCAACUACAUAUCAAUCACGGAUGAACAUGGAAAUGAGGUUUUCAAUACAUCAUACCAUGAGCCACCACCAGGUGGAUAUGAGAAUGUUAAAAAUAUUGUACCACCCUACAAUGCCUUUUCACCACAGGGCACACCAGAGGGGGAGCUUGUAUAUGUGAACUACGCUCGUACUGAAGACUUUUUCAAACUACAGAGAGAGAUGAACAUCAACUGCACUGGAAAAAUUGUUAUUGCAAGAUAUGGGAAAAUCUUCAGAGGAAAUAAAGUUAAAAAUGCCAUGUUAGCAAGAGCCAAAGGAAUCAUACUGUACUCAGAUCCAGCUGACUACUCUGCCCCUGGGGUACAGCCAUACCCAAAAGGAUGGAACCUUCCUGGAACUGCAGCCCAGAGAGGGAAUGUGUUAAACUUGAAUGGUGCCGGUGACCCGCUCACUCCAGGCUAUCCAGCUAAAGAGUACACCUUCAGACUUGAUGUUGAAGAAGGAGUGGGAAUCCCUCAAAUCCCUGUACAUCCCAUUGGAUAUAAUGAUGCAGAAAUAUUAUUACGCUAUUUGGGAGGAACUGCUCCACCAGAUGAGAGCUGGAAGGGAAGUCUUAAGGUGAAUUAUAAUAUUGGGCCUGGCUUCAUAGGGCAUGAUUCUUUCAGGAAGGUUAGAAUGCGUAUUCAUAACAUCAAUAAAAUCACAAGGAUUUACAAUGUAAUCGGAACUAUCAGAGGAUCUGUGGAACCUGACAGGUAUGUUAUUCUGGGAGGUCAUCGGGACUCCUGGGUAUUUGGAGGUAUUGACCCAACCAGUGGGGCUUCUGUUUUGCAAGAAGUUGUUCAGAGUUUUGGCAAACUGAUGAGUAGAGGCUGGAGACCAAGAAGAACUAUCAUUUUUGCCAGCUGGGACGCAGAAGAAUUUGGACUUCUGGGUUCCACAGAAUGGGCUGAGGAGAAUGUAAAAUCACUUCAGGAGAGAAGCGUUGCUUAUAUCAACUCAGAUUCAUCUAUAGAAGGCAAUUAUACUCUCAGAGUUGACUGUACACCCCUUCUUUACCAAUUGGUGUAUAAACUGACAAAAGAGAUCUCCAGCCCGGAUGAUGGUUUUGAGAGUAAAUCUCUUUAUGAAAGCUGGUUAGAAAAGGACCCUUCAUUUGAAAAUAAAACUUUGCCUAGAAUCAACAAGCUGGGAUCUGGAAGUGAUUUCGAAGCUUAUUUCCAGAGACUUGGAAUUGCUUCAGGAAGAGUCCGGUAUACUAAGAAUAGGAAAACAGAUAAUUACAGCAGCUAUCCAGUAUACCAUACAAUUUAUGAUACAUUUGAAUUGGUAGAGAAUUUUUAUGACCCCACGUUUAAAAAACAGCUUGCUGUAGCUCAGUUACGAGGAGCACUGGUUUAUGAGCUUGCAGACUCUAAAAUCAUUCCUUUCAACAUUCAAGACUAUGCAAAAACUUUGGAAAAUUAUGCAACAGGUAUCUACAGUUUAUCCAAGAAAUAUGACCAACAAUUAAGAGACCAUCAAGUAUCAUUUGAUUCCUUAUUUUCUGCUGUGAAAAACUUCUCAAAGUCCGCUUCAGAUUUUCAUAGAAGACUUUCACAGGUUGAUCUGAAUAACCCCACUGCAGUGAGAAUUAUGAAUGACCAACUGAUGUUCCUGGAAAGGGCAUUCAUCGAUCCCCUUGGUUUACCAGGGAGGCCAUUCUAUAGGCACAUCAUCUUUGCUCCAAGCAGCCACAACAAAUAUGCUGGCGAAUCAUUUCCUGGCAUCUUUGAUGCUAUAUUUGAUAUUGAAAAUAAAGCAGAUCCUCGUUCAGCCUGGAAAGAAGUAAAGAAACACAUCUCAAUUGCAGCCUUUACAAUUCAAGCAGCAGCAGGGACUCUGAAAGAGUUGUUAUAGUAAGGUCUCAGCCAACUGGCUGCCAUUAAAAAUCUGAGGAUCUGAAAGAGUUGUUAAUAGUAAGGUCUCAGCUGACUAGCUGCCAUUAAAAGUCUGAGGAUAAAAUUCGUCUUUCUUUCUGAUAACACAUAAAGCAGAGCAUGCUAAAAUCUUGCUUUUCAUGUCAUGUUUUGACUUUAGACUUCCACCUUGUUCAUCUGCAAAGAGAUUUUUGGCUCUGAAAAUUCAUAACUUCAUCAUCAAAGUGCUAAUCCAAUAAAACACACCAAAAACCCUCUAGUCAUAUAGAGAAAGAGAUAAAAUAAGUGAAAAUUCCCUAAAAUAAAAUAUGGCAAGGAACUUGAACUCUUCAGACAUUGGUGGCCAGAAAGUAAAACAGUACAACCACUUUGGAAAACAGUCUGGUACUUUCUUAUAAAGUUAAAUAUAUACUUAUAGCUCUAAAAUUCUACUUCUAGGUAUUUACUAAGGAAAAGCAAAAACAUGAUCACCAAAAGAUUGUUGCAUGUUCAUUGCAGCUUAAUGUGCAAAUAAUGCAAAUGUCCAUCAAUAAAUGAAUGGAUAAAUUGUGGUAUAUUCACAAUGGAAUACUACUCAGCAAUAAAAAGGAAAUAACUGCCAAUACAUGUAAUAUUAUUGGCAGACAUUGUUGAAGGAAAGAAGCCAGACACAAAAGAAUGCCUAGUAUGAGAUUCAAUUUAUACGAAGAAGCAAAACUAAUCUAUGGUAUUAGGAAUUAGAUCAGUGAUUGCUUGGGUCAAGUAAGGGGCAGGCAGGGAGGAAAUCUGCUACAAAGAGAAAAGUUUCUGGGAUGAUGGGAGUUUUCUGUAUCAUGAUCUGGAUGAUGGUUACACAGGAAUAUACAGUUGUCAAACUUCAUCAAACAGUAAACUUAAAAUGUGUAACAAUGAUACCUUAUAAAUAAAUUUGAUUACCAAGAAAAAAAAUGUCUGGCAAGGAGACUGGAAUAGCACACCUUCUCUUAUGAAACCAUCACGCAGUAUAAAUGGUAAGGAAAAGUGAGUAAUAGCUAUACUUUUGAUAACUUCAACUCUACUGAAUAAUAUAUAUCUGAUAGGUGAAAAUAGUUGACCCUUGAACAACAUGGGGAUUAGGGGUGCUGACCCUCUGUGCAGUUGAAAAUCCACGUGUAACUUGACAGUUGGCCUCUCCAUAUCCUUGCUUCUACAUGCAUGGAUUCAGCAACCAUGGAUCAUGUAGUGCUGUAAUAUGUAUUUAGUGGAAAAAUAUCUGCGGAUAAAUGGACCUAUGCAGUUGAAACCUGUGUUGUUCACAGGUCUACUGUAGUUGCCACAAAUCUUCAUACCCUGACUCCUACUGAACAGAAGUAUAUCAGCAUGUGUAAACUUUCAUGCAGAGCCUAAUUAUUCAGAAUUGUGGGUAAUCUGAGAUGAAAGCUUCAAAAAGCUUGGUUGUUUAAUUACUUUGCCAAAAAGAGUUGAGAAUCAAAAAUGAGCCCUCAUAGGCAGGCACACUAACUACAAUAAGAGGCUUUA